AUGCCCUCACCUCGAGGCUCGCCAGCCUUGCGGCCAUCGUCGCCUCUUUCGCCGGGCUACAAGGGCGCCUCACAUCUCGAAGGCCAUGGUCAUCCAUCACCCAGAAGCGCACAAUCACGGCCAGCAUCGCAGCGACGGCCGCCUACAAGCUCGUUAAAAUUACCGCCGCUGCCUCGAUUUCAUCCAGCAAACUUUCCGUCCGCACACAGCAACAUGCAGACCGCACUGGAUGGCUCAUCAUUGCCGCUUCCUCCAAUUUCACCACGCGCUUACAGUCACCGCAAUGAUCUCAAAAAGCAACUAUAUUUCUCUCAGCGGGAACUUAUGGCAUCAACACUUCGCCCAUCGUCACCAGGUCACGCAGCCAAGCCUACCAGUCCGCGCCUGGCACCGGUGGGAAGUCCUGGACCUGUCACACCGCUGGAGUUGGAGCAGGAGGACGGGUACCUGGUCGCUGGUGCGCGCUACGCUGCGAACAAUUUCGAGCUCUCCGCGGAUCUGGUGCAGAACAUGAUCGAACAGGAAGCGCGAAGGUCGCAGAAGCGAUCGCCGCACCACAAAUGA